AGGUAGCGCAAAUUCCUAAGUGCGUCCUCAGUGAAGUAGUACAGAAGAAAAAGGUUAAAGACAUUUUAUUUAAAUCAAAAAUAUAUUCUUUGCGAUAUCAUCUUUUCUAAAAUCAUUUAAAAUGAGCAAUAGAGACGACGAAUAUGAUUAUCUUUUCAAAGUGGUCCUAAUUGGAGAUUCUGGUGUGGGUAAAAGUAACUUGUUGUCUCGCUUCACCAGAAACGAGUUUAAUUUGGAAUCAAAAUCUACCAUUGGAGUGGAAUUUGCUACCAGGAGCAUAGAUGUUGACGGAAAAACUAUAAAGGCACAGAUAUGGGAUACAGCUGGUCAAGAACGUUAUCGAGCAAUUACUUCUGCAUACUAUCGAGGAGCUGUAGGAGCCUUACUAGUAUACGACAUUGCUAAACAUUUGACUUAUGAAAAUGUUGAAAGGUGGUUGAGAGAAUUGCGAGAUCAUGCUGAUCAAAAUAUCGUAAUUAUGCUUGUUGGCAACAAAAGCGACUUGCGACACCUGCGUGCAGUCCCAACUGAGGAAGCAAAGUGUUUUGCGGAAAAGAAUGGUUUGAGUUUCAUUGAAACUUCUGCUUUAGACUCUACAAAUGUUGAAACUGCAUUCCAGAACAUUCUUACAGAAAUUUAUCGGAUUGUAUCCCAAAAACAAAUACGUGACCCUCCUGAAGGUGAUGUUAUUCGUCCAACGAACGUUGAGCCACUUGAUGUAAAACCUACAGUUUCAGCAGAUUCAGUAAGAAAACAAUGCUGCCAAUAAAAAAAGUGCAGAAUUUGAUCAAUCAACACAUAAAGAAAACACUAUUCUAUUCCUUGUUUAUUAACAGACUUGUCUAAUAAUCUAAAUAAAACGAUGAUUAAAAAAAUGUA